AUUGAACAUUCAAUGACCUAACCGCCGUAACCGCACGUCUGCAGGAGCAGACCUUCAAUUUUAACACGGGUAUAUUUAGUUUGAAAAGUAUUUGAAGGGUUUUAACAAGUUUUUCGAUAAUUGUAAUAGGAAUACGCAAAAUGGCACUGAAUGUCUUAAGAUGCAAUAUCCAAGUUUGCGGCGUUCGUUCGCUAAAAGAAGUUACCGGCCUUUUAGUUGUAAAAAUGCCUGGGCCUUGCACCGUAACUCGUAACGCUAGUCAGGAGAGUGAUAAAGGAUUUCGAAUUGAAAGUGAUACAUUUGGAGAAAUGAAGGUACCAAAAGAUAAAUAUUACGGUGCACAGACUGUCAGAUCUGUAAUGAAUUUUCCCAUAGGAGAUAGCUUCGAGCGAAUGCCUUUUGGAGUUAUAGUCGCUAUGGGAAUACUGAAAAAGGCCGCAGCCGAAGUGAAUAAGGAAUAUGGAUUAGAUCCCAAAAUUGCCGAUGCUAUCAGUAGAGCUGCUGAUGACGUUAUCAGUGGCAAACUCUAUAACGAUCACUUCCCACUUGUGAUUUGGCAAACUGGGUCUGGUACUCAGUCCAAUAUGAAUACAAACGAGGUUAUUGCAAAUCGUGCUAUUGAAUUAUUGGGUGGAGAGCUUGGUUCAAAGAAACCAGUGCACCCUAAUGAUCACGUGAAUAUGUCACAGAGUUCUAAUGAUACGUUUCCCACUGCGAUGCACAUAUCGGUAGCAUUAGAAAUUAACAAGGUGUUGCUUCCUGGCUUGAAACAGUUACAUCAAGCUCUACACAAAAAGGCUGAGGAAUGGAAAAAUAUAAUAAAAAUUGGCAGAACGCAUACACAGGAUGCAGUUCCUCUAACAUUAGGACAAGAAUUCUCUGGAUAUGCUACACAGAUUGAGUUUGGAAUUCAGAGAGUGCAAGCAACUUUGCCAAGAUUAUACAUGCUUGCUCUUGGUGGUACUGCAGUAGGAACUGGUUUGAAUACAAGAAAAGGAUUUGCCGAAAAGACUGCAGCAAAGAUUGCAAGUUUAACAGGAUACCCAUUUAUUACAGCGCCUAACAAAUUUGAAGCUUUAGCUGCGCACGAUGCCAUGGUCGAAGUACAUGGUGCUCUUAAUACAGUAGCUGUUUCAAUUAUGAAAAUUGCCAAUGAUAUUCGUUUCCUUGGAAGUGGACCACGCUGUGGAUUGGGUGAGUUGUCACUCCCAGAAAAUGAACCCGGAAGUUCAAUUAUGCCUGGUAAGGUGAACCCAACUCAAUGUGAAGCAAUUACUAUGGUGUGUGCUCAAGUUAUGGGAAACAAUGUUGCCACAACUGUUGGAGGCAGUAAUGGACAUUUUGAGCUCAAUGUCUUCAAGCCUGUUAUUGUGGCAAACACAUUGAGAUCGACAAGACUUUUAGGAGAUGCUGCAGUGGCAUUUACAAAGAACUGCGUCUCUGGCAUCGAACCCAAUAUUGACAAUAUCAAGAAAAUUAUGACUGAAAGUUUGAUGCUAGUCACUGCCCUCAAUCCUCAUAUUGGAUAUGAUAAGGCUGCAAAGAUAGCUAAACAAGCUCAUAAAGAAAAGCUAACUUUAAAAGAGUCCGCUAUUAAAAAUGGUGUCACUUCCGAACAAUUUGAUCAGUGGGUAAAACCUGAACAAAUGCUUGGACCUAAGUAAUUAUAUCGAACAUCAGACAAAAUACCUACAAAGUAUCGAAUUUGAUAUCUACGUGAUCACGAUACAGAUCGUGCAAUGGCGAACAUAUUGUACAUUUAUAACUGUUAUGCAACUAUCAACUAAUCGAGAAUUAAUGAGCAAUAAAGGAUGUCUACCUGAAAUAAUGUGUACAUCCUAAAUACAUAUUGCGCCGUAUUAAUAAUAACAGUUUAUUGCUUCAGAUUGGAUGUAAUUUGAAGUUUAGGGUGUAUAAAGUUUAUCUGCGAUUAUCUAUUAAAAAUCAUUAGUUGGAGUUGUGUAAUUCUAUUGUAUUAGAGAUCAGGGAUAAAAGUAAAACGUUGUACGUUGUGUAUCAGGUGAUAUAAAAUGUUAGAAACUUA